AUGAAAUCACGGCUACAUCAUUUUACUAACGGCAUUAACAUCCUCCCGAUAUUCAUCGCCCUCGCCUCCGUCUCCGCCCUCACCUGCUUCAUCCGCAACGAGUCCUUUGCCGAAUUCCCCUUCUCUCUCUAUGAAACCCUAGAAACCCUAGAAAACCUAGAAAUCAAAAUAGAUGAAAACCCUAAUGACAAAGACUGCGAUUUGUUCACCGGGAAAUGGGUGUUUGAUAACGUCACCCACCCUCUCUACAUAGAGGAUGAAUGUCGGUUCUUGUCGUUGCAGGUCACGUGCCUACAAAACGGGAGGAGAGAUUCGCUUUACCAGAACUGGAGAUGGCAGCCGAGAGAUUGCUCACUUCCUAAGUUUAGGCCAAGAUUGUUGCUUGAGAAGUUGAGGAAUAAGAGGAUGAUGUUUGUUGGGGACUCAUUGAAUCGAAAUCAGUGGGAAUCCAUGAUUUGUUUGGUGCAAUCUAUUGUCCCUCCGGCUCGGAAAAGCUUGAACAAGAAUGGUUCUUUGUCCAUUUUCAAAAUCGAGGAUUAUAAUGCCACGGUGGAAUUCUACUGGGCCCCAUUCUUGGUAGAGUCGAAUUCAGAUGAUCCUGAUUCGCACAGCGUUUUGGAUCGCAUCAUCAUGCCUAAAUCAAUCCAAAAACAUGGCAACAAUUGGAAAAAUGUGGACUAUCUCAUCUUCAACACUUACAUUUGGUGGAUGAACACCCCCACCAUGAAAAUUCUGCGAGGAUCGUUCGCCCAGAACUCGACCGAAUACGACCAAGUUGAAAGACCGGCCGCCUACAGAAGCGUACUCGACACGUGGUCGCAAUGGGUCGACCAAAAUGUAGAUCCAAACCGCACCAGAGUUUUCUUCAUGAGCAUGUCGCCUACUCACAACAAGGGCACGGAUUGGGGCAGCACGGAGGGCGUGAAAUGCGCUAAAGAAACGGCGCCACUUGUCGACACCGCGGCGGCACUGGACAUGGGUGUGUACCAGAGUCUGUUUGCCGCGGUGGCGGAUGUGACGGGCACGAUGAGAGUGCCGGUGAGCUUCCUCAACAUCACCCGGCUGUCAAAGUACCGGAAGGACGCGCACACAUCGCUGUACACGACCCGACACGGUAAGAUUUUAACGGCCGAGGAGAAGGCGAAUCCGGCGAAGUUCACAGACUGCAUACACUGGUGCCUGCCCGGAUUGCCGGACACGUGGAACGAGCUCCUUUAUGCUCGGAUCAUUUCCGAUUCUUGA